CUCCAGGGAAACUUCCCAUGUAUCCUUGACUCCUGCAUUGGCAGGUGGAUUCUUAACCUCUGAGCCACCUGGGAAACCCAUCCAUUCCUUUAUAAUCACAACAAUUUUAGACCUGGAAGAGGCAACCAGAGAUAUUAACAUUGUUCCCCCUCGUUGAGGGGAGUUAUUUCUGAUCGAGGGUAAUUAGCACCCUUUUGGAGAAAGAUACAAAAUCUAGGUUUGUAUUUCAACCCUGCACUUGCCUUCAGCCCCCGUAUUCUAUUGUGUUCAACUGGGUCACAAACUUCAUCACAUGGGGAAGAUGAAUGAGAUAUUGCUUGUGAAACACUUUGUGCAUCUGCUAAGUAAUAUAAAUAUCAGGUGCUUCAUUGUCUGCUUUCUCUGUGAUGCUUUUCCUGUCACUCUUAAGUAUGUCUUCUCCAAGCUAAAUAGUAGCACAAAGAAACAGCCAAUGAGACCCUGAGUGGUAUUAAGUUCACGGGAAUUUAGAAUGUUAUAAUCAGUUCUAUUCAUGCCAUGUCCAAUCUCUGAUUACUAAAAUGUCCAUUUAGGUCAGAGGGUUGGGUUUUAAUCUGCAUUGUAGCCUGUUUGUUUUUAUUGUCACAGAUUGUAUGGCCAACUCUCAUCAACAACAUUCUCUUUUGUAGAGAAAAGGAGACCAAAUCAAAUCAAAACAAGUCAGUUUGGAUUUUUUGUGCAAGCAGCUCUGUGAUGAUCAUUGGUGUGGGUGGGUGAGAUUGAUAAAAAACCACACGAAACUCUAAAACUUCGUAGUCUGGUUAGAAGAUGACAUAUUACAUAAAAGUUAGAAGUUGAUAUUAAGUGUCUCUCAACCACUCAUUGGGUCAUUUGGAUUUUAUAGAAUGUGCUCUGUUUCCCCAGCUCUACUGAGGAUGCAAGGAGCUAUCUUUACCACUUUAUACUGAUGUAUUGACCAACACAGGUGUUUCCUCUUAGCAGAUGCUCAAUAAACAUUUUGAAUCAAGAUGUAGACCCAGGAUAAUUAUAAAUCACUCUAGUUUUAGAAAAACAGUUUGUGCAUAGGUAUGGCUGACACUAGGUUAAUAGCAUCCUUUGAAACUCUAAGGAGAGCAGAUUUACUUCUCUAAAUUAUAUAGCUGUGUGCUAACUUAUUUAUCUUUCAAAGUGGUCAAUAAGAGAGUCUUCUUGCUCAGCGUUGGAAUGAGGAAGUAUCGAUGGAAUAGUCUUUCAAGUCAGGAAAGUUGAAAAUCCUGAUUCGUAUCAUAUAACCCGAGGCAUCCAAGUUAAUUUUCUUCUAUGCCUUUAUAACUCCUAUUUUAUUAAAUUUGCCGUCUCUCAACUUCUUUGAUAAUUUUCUUAAUUUUUCUGGAUCUGACUUUCUAAUAGCAUGUUUUGUAUUUAAAAAAAAAAAAGGUGCUUUAGCUCUUGCUGAAAUAAUUUGUAGGUCUUGAUUAAUUCACCAGCAUUACUUUAGGAAUCCUCAUAAAAAGUGUCUCAGUGGUUAUUGUUUGUUAAUUUCUCUGCUGGGGCAAAUUAAGUGCUGAGAAGUAAGGUAAUCCACAAAGUCUGUGUGAACUGCUUGGAUCCCUGAAGACCAUCAGGGACAGAUAAUGAAAACAUGGAAAAUUUACCCUCCAACUUCAGUAUUAUUUUUCUGUACAUCAAGACAUUUUUCACUGCUCUGUUAAUCAUGUGUUACAGAAAUGUAGAGCCUUAAUGCCUGUUAACUCCUUCCUGAUAAAAACUUUGCUUUAUAGACUACACUUGAUUCACUCCUGCCACAAGUGCAUUUAGUUAAUUCCAGAAGGCACUCUGCACAGAAAGAAUGUGAAGCAUGCAGAACAAACCCAAUAGGAGUUUGGAAAAACACUUCCAAGUUUGAGUAAGGCUUCCCAUUGGUGUGAAAGAUCUUUGUUCAUGUUGGGGCUUAGUUUUCACUGUAGGAGACAGCCUCACCCCUUUCUAGGCUAUGUCCACCUGGGCUCACACUUAAGUGAUUCCUGCUGGUUCAUCCAGCUUCCUCUUUGGUGGAACUUUGGGUGGUUUCUUUUCACCUGACCUACUACUACCUGACUGGUAGGUAGUACUGUCUGCUGGGUGAGGAAUAAAUAUUUAUUCAAAAGUACUGGGUCAUUUCCAUUCAGACUUGAAUAGAAUUUGAUGAGCCUGAGAGAAUUACAUUUAUCAUUAAUGACCUCAUUUUCUAAUCUUUGAAUAUUAACAGUGUUCAGAGAGAAUAUUUCUUUUAUAGGAAAUAGCCCAAAGUCUUGUGUUUUCGACAUCCCGAGUGCUUUUUCUCACCACUGAGAGUUAGACAAGGGCCAUGCUUUGUUACCAAAGGGGUGGAGGUUAUUUUGACUUUUUUGUAUACACUCCUAAUAUUCUUUAGAUUCCAUUCUGGAAUUCUUUGUAUGAGGAAAAAUGUUUUAAUAUUAGCUCAGUAAGAGAAUGCAGCUUAUCAGGUGGAGUGGUCUAGUGAAGAAGCUAAGUUUUUUUUAAAAAUUAAAUUUUCCCUUUAAGAGUUGUUUGCAAUCCAGUCUUUCCAGAAGAUAUUUUAAAAGCAGAAAUAUAAACUCGCUUCUGAAAGUCACAUGCUUAAAACUGCUCCCUGAAACAUGCUCAGAGAUUUAAGAUGUACUUUAUAUAUUUAAAAUAUUUGACCACAAUGAUAUACAUAUGCAAGUAAUUUUAGAUGCUUUGGAAGGGGGGAAAUUCUAAUUCUUUCUGAUCUGUUUUACACAAGUGGUACCUGGAGAUCACUCUGCGGUUUUAGGGAAUCAAGCCAAAUCUUUCUUUUCUUUUUUGAGAAAAAGUGAUUCUUCCUCGAGGAAAGCUUUUUUUUAAAAAAAAAUCCCACUCCCCCCUUUUUUUGCUCAUAAAGCAGUGAAAUACUAAUGGUUAACUAUGAACCGCCCUCUUGCAAUCCUAGCUGCCUAUUAGAAUUACCUGGAGGCUCCUCCCUUGAUUGGUUUGGGGCGGGGUUUAGAAUGGGGAGAUGGUAAAGCCUCCUAGGUGCUGAUUCCCAUCAGAAUAGAGGGACUGUGGAGCCAGCAGGGGCAGGAGAUGGAUAAUCAUGAUCCUGCCUACUGGGUGAAGAUUCAUCACUUAGAAUACACAGAUGGAGGAAUCCUGGAUCCAGAUGAUGUCUUGGCAGAUGUUGUUGAAGACAAAGAUAAGUUGAUUGCUGUGUUUGACGAACAAGAACCACUCCACAAGAUUGAGAGCCCCAGUGGAAACCCAGCAGGCCGGCAGAGCCCAGAUGCUUUUGAGACGGAAGUGGCUGCCCAACUGGCUGCAUUUAAACCAGUCGGUGGGGAAAUUGAAGUAACCCCUUCUGCUCUGAAAUUAGGCACUCCACUGUUGGUGAGGAGAAGCAGCGACCCAGCACCAAGCCCACCUGCUGAUGCCCAGUCAAGCGCUUCACACCCUGGUGGGCAGAGUCUGAAACCUGUGAUUCCAAAUUCCACGGAGGAAUUAGAAGAUGGAGAAGUUAUGAAUGGUAUGCAGACAGAACUACUGACAUCACCGAAAACGAUGGAUGUGUUGAGUGAUAUGACAAGAAUGGUGGAGAUUUCCGGGGAAGGAGGCCCCUUGGGAAUACAUGUAGUGCCUUUCUUUUCAUCUCUGAGUGGAAGGAUUCUAGGACUCUUCAUUCGUGGCAUUGAAGAAAACAGCAGGUCCAAACGGGAGGGACUGUUUCACGAAAAUGAAUGUAUUGUAAAAAUCAACAACGUGGACCUCGUAGACAAAACCUUUGCUCAGGCUCAAGACCUCUUCCGUCAGGCAAUGAAAUCUCCAAGUGUGCUCCUCCGCGUGCUUCCACCUCAGAACCGGGAACAGUAUGAAAAAGCAGUCAUUGGACCUCUAAGCAUUUUUGGCAACAAUGAUCGCGUGUUGAGAACAAAGGAGCUGCCUCCUGUCCAUGGAAAAUCAGGAAUAAAGACAAUAAAUCUCACAGGAACAAGCAGUCCUGAAGAAGAUGCAUCAACUUCCCUGCAACAGAGCAAGAGCCCCCGAGUACCAAGACUAGGUAGAAAACCAUCCUCUCCCUCACUCUCCCCACUCAUGGGGUUUGGCAGCAAGAAGAAUGCAAAGAAAAUUAAGAUUGACCUAAAGAAAGGGCCUGAAGGACUUGGUUUCACUGUGGUUACCAGAGAUUCUUCCAUACAUGGUCCGGGUCCCAUUUUUGUAAAAAACAUUUUACCAAAGGGAGCAGCGAUAAAAGAUGGCCGCCUGCAAUCAGGGGACAGAAUUUUGGAGGUCAAUGGCAGAGAUGUCACUGGACGAACUCAGGAAGAGCUUGUGGCCAUGCUGAGGAGCACUAAGCAGGGAGAGACUGCAUCGCUGGUCAUAGCCCGCCAAGAAGGAACUUUCCUACCCCGAGAGCUGAAAGGAGAACCUGACUGUUGUGCAUUCUCCCUGGAAACAACUGAGCAACUUACCUUUGAGAUCCCGUUGAAUGAUUCUGGUUCUGCUGGUCUUGGGGUGAGCUUGAAAGGGAACAAAUCUCGAGAAACUGGAACAGACUUGGGGAUUUUUAUCAAGUCCAUCAUCCACGGAGGUGCUGCUUUUAAGGAUGGCCGUCUGCGGAUGAAUGACCAGCUGAUUGCGGUUAAUGGGGAAUCUCUUCUGGGAAAGUCCAACCAUGAAGCUAUGGAAACACUUAGGCGAUCCAUGUCCAUGGAAGGAAACAUCCGAGGGAUGAUCCAGUUGGUGAUUCUGAGGAGGCCAGAGAGACCAAUGGAGGAGCCUGCAGAAUGUGGGGCAUUUUCUAAGCCCUGCUUUGAGAACUGUCAAAAUGCUGUAACCACCUCCAGGAGAAAUGAUAAUAGUACAUUGCAUCCAUUUGGCACGUACAGUCCACAAGACAAACAGAAAGACCUAUUGCUUCCCAAUGAUGGAUGGGCUGAGAGCGAAGUACCACCUUCUCCCCAACCACAUCCCGUUCUGGAAUUGGGCCUUGAAGAUUACAGCCACAGCUCUGGGGUGGACUCAGCAGUAUAUUUUCCAGAUCAGCAUAUCAACUUUAGAUCUGUGACACCAGCCAGGCAGCCUGAAUCAAUGAAUCUGAAAGCCUCAAAGAGCAUGGACCUCGUGCCAGAUGAAAGCAAAGUCCAUUCAUUGGCUGGACACAAAUCGGAUUCUCCUAGCAAAGAUUUUGGUCCAACUCUGGGUUUGAAAAAGUCCAGCUCCUUGGAGAGCCUACAGACCGCAGUUGCCGAGGUCAGGAAGAAUGAACUUCCCUUCCACCGGCCCCGGCCACACAUGGUCCGCGGCCGGGGCUGCAACGAGAGCUUCCGAGCAGCCAUUGACAAAUCCUACGACGGACCUGAAGAGUUAGAAGCCGAUGGUCUGUCUGAUAGGAGCUCUCACUCUGGUCAAGGAGCUCUGAAUUGUGAAUCUGCCCCUCAGGGGAACUCUGAGCUAGAAAAUGCAGAAAAUAAAGCCAGGAAAGUCAAAAAAACGAAAGAAAAGGAGAAGAAGAAGGAAAAGGGCAAAUUAAAAGUCAAGGAGAAAAAGCAGAAAGAGGGAAAUGAAGAUCCAGAAAGGAAAAUAAAGAAGAAGGGAUUUGGUGCCAUGCUAAGAUUUGGAAAGAAGAAAGAUGAUAAGGGUGGAAAGGCAGAGCAAAAAGGUCCUCUGAAACAGGGUGGCCUGAGAGAAGAGGAACUGGAAAAAAUGAAAGAAGAACGUGAGAGGAUUGGAGCAAAACAUCAGGAGCUAAGGGAAAAGCAGGCAAGAAGUCUUAUUGAUUAUGCUACCGGUGCAAUUGGAUCACUGCAUGAUAUGGACGAUGAUGAAGUGGACCCCAACUAUGCCAGAGUGAACCACUUCCGGGAACCGUGUACAUCAGCAAAUGUCUACAGGUCUCCAUCUCCACCUCGGGCUGGACCACUGGGCUACCCUCGAGAUGGCCGUCCACUGUCUCCAGAGAGAGACCACUUAGAGAGUCUCUAUGCCAAGGUCAACAAGCCAUACCAUCCACCAGUGCCAGCUGACAGUGGCCGGUCCAUGAGCGGAAGUGCUGACCGUAUCCAAAAGUUGCGGAAAGAGUAUUAUCAGGCUCGGAGAGAAGGUUUCGCUUUAUAUGAGGAUGACGAAGGAAGAGCAAGACCUGAGUAUGACCUUCACUGGGUGUCUGGAAAGGGUCCAGAUGGGAACGCACACAACCUCCGCUUUGAGGGGAUGGAGCGACAGUACGCCUCCUUACCCAGGGGAGGACCAGCAGAUCCUGUAGACUACCUGACAGCCACAUCGCGAGGGCUCUACAAGGAAAGGGAGCUUCCCUAUUACCCAGGGGCUCAUCCUGUGCAUCCACCCAAAGGAAGCUAUCCUCGCCCCCCAGAUCUGAGAGUCACAGAUCUCCGGUAUCCCCACUACUACCCACCCCCGCCAGCCCCCCAGCACAAAGGACCUUUCCGACAAGAUGUCCCACCUUCCCCUCCUCAGCACCACAGAGUACCAGCCUACCCAGAAAUGGGCAGACCAGGGCCCCGAGGGAGCAGCCCAGAUCAGUACCCCUACCGAACCCAGGAUCCUAGGCAGAAGAACCCCAUGACUGCAGCCGUGUAGCUGAACACCACGAGGCUCAGCCCAGCCCAGGACGGAAGACAUCCAACAUCACCUUUGUUCUUCCUACACCUUAAGGCCUUCUUCCUAUCGAGAAUUCUCUAUGGUACAGAUUAGAUUUUUCUCACUGAAGCUGCAACACUUGACCACUAAUCAGAAAGAAUGGAGUAGGAGUUUGGGGAGGGAAAUCAGAAGGAAGAGGAAGGAUAGGGUCAUAAAAACAAAACUGCCUGAUAUUUGAAACAUGUUUAGAAUUGUUCAGUUCACUGAGAGUGGCAAUUGAACAGGCAGAUAGCAGUGGAGAUCUACAGCAUGGCCACCUCUCUGGAACACAAACAUGCAUAGCAUUGGCGUCAUGGCAGGGAGAGGGGCCAGUCUCUGGGACAUCAUCCAUUCAGAGGCUAAGCUUCAGCCACCUCCUUAAGUUGUUAAAUCUGUGAAGAGUAGCUGCAAAUAUGGGCAUCCUAAGAGAGUAGUCUUCGCAUUGAGAAAACAACAACAAACAUGAAGAGUGAGGUCCUUGAAAUAUUUUGUACCCAGAGGAAGGCUGCAUUUAUUUGUAGAAUUUCUCAGGUUCUCAGUACCACUCACUUGGUAUAAGCAUUUCACGUUUCCUUGAUUUUUUAUAUAAAAGAUGUGAAUGCAGUAUUAGUGUCCUGGGAGAAUUCACAAAGCUAGUCAGAGCUUCCAGAAGAACUCUAUGCCUAGGAUCAAGGCAAUCAAGUUAAAAGGCUGAAAUUCCCGUGGUCCUCACCUUCCUUUCUCCCACAUCCCAGGCAAGAUAGCAUAGAGAUAUCUGGCUUCAGACUCAUCCCCAGAUCUCCUGCUUGUCAUUAUUGUAACUGGGGCCUUUACUUUAAGACUCCCACUUGAGAGCUGAGAUGUACUCAGGAAAGAGAGGGCCCUCUGGUUAGGUCACACAGGAAGCAGUGCUCUGGAGAUGCCAAUUCUCGACUCAGUGCCAAGCAGCACCAUAUGCACGCAGGGUCAGGAAAGGGCUGACGGUGCUCUUUGGGAAUGAUAACAAGCAAGCAGUAGUAAUGUGUGUGUAUGUGUGCGUGUGUGCGUAUGUAUGAAGGUGUGUGAUUACCAGUAUGGAGAAUGGAAAAUAAAAAUACUUUCUGGAAAGUUUGAUGAAGAAGAGAAUAAAAAGGAAAACAACAAACAAAACAGAAGGGAAGGGAGAAGGAGCAUAAAACUAAAUCAUUCUACAUCUGCUAUAUUUCAUUAACACGAGUCAGAGCAAGACCAAGGCCAAGGUCUCCAGUUGGAAAAAGGUCUUAGGGCUUUGAAAAGCUAAAACCCCACCCUCCAAAAUCCAUCAGAAUUUCUUUAGAGCUUUGCACAUAUAUUCUACUUAUUUCAACAUAGAUUAGAACCUCUAAACCCUGACCCAAAUGAGAACACAAGAGAAGACUGAGAAACAGCAAAGCAUGGGAGCAGCAACUCAAAUUGCUCAGUGACCCUUGCAGUCCUCUAAGCCUUUUUACAUUCCUUCAUUCCCUCCCCCCAAAAAUGCCUUGAGUUCAGUUCAGACAUAUUCUGUCUGAGAUUAGAAUACCUCUGACUGCUAGGAUUUAAUAAAUUAUAGUAUUGAUGUUAUUGAAUACCUAGAGUUUCUAUCCUGCCCAGUUUAGUUUUUUUUUUUAAUUUUAAAAUAUAGUUCUGUUACCAAGAAUGAUGCAAGUGCUGGGUUUAGACUUAACUAGUGUUAUUUACUGAACUUUAAGAGGUAUCAUUUUCUAAACUACAGUUUACUUACGGCCCUCUUGAGAAUAGGUUGUCGAGUUGUUUUUGUCUGUCAUCUCUUUUAAGCCGGGCACCUUUAGAUUCUUUGCAAUUUGUUCUGAGGUUGAGGACUGGGCCCUUCUCACCUCAAGGUGGAGUGUAGGUGAGCCAUAGGGUUUCCCUGCCAACAAGCUGCAAGCUGCCUUCCCUCGAGCUAAAUAAACCUUCAAGAAGACAAUGGUAAGAUGAGAGAAGUAUGAUGUAUUUUGAAGCAAUAAAAGCCAGCUCUUCAGGAUGUUCCAUAGUUUAGUUUAACCAAAUUUCUGUAGACUACUGAAUAUAGCCAAGUCAGAGGUUUCCUUCUGGAUUAAGGCCAAGUUCCCCCAAGGGGCAGUGAUAGAAAGUGAGACACUCAGAGCAGCCCCAGUAGGAAGAAUGCCCAUAUUUUCACCAUGUUGCCAGCUUGUGAGCAUGGUAUCUCCUGCACUAAGGCUCAAGGAAAGCUGCUCCAAGCAUGGUUUUGAGUGUGUGUGUGCUCAGUCGUGUCCCACUUUGCCACCCUAUGGACUGUAGCCCACCAGGCUCCUCUGUCCAUGGACUUUUCCAGGCAAGAAUAUUGGAGUGAAGUUGCCAUUUCCUCCUCCAGGGCAUCUUCCUGACCCAGGGAUCAAACUGGCAUCUCCUGCAGUGGCAGGUGGAUUCUUUACCGCUGAGCCACGUGGGAAGCCCUUUUGUGUUGUAUACACAGGCAGUAAAGCAAUUGCUAAUUCUGAGGGGCAGCCAAGGAUGUGAAUGUACUAUUAAAAGUAAUGGGAAAAGAUUAUAGCAGUUUUCUUUUCUUGCUUGAAGUAUAACACAUGACCUAUUUGACCUUACCCAGAAGAAGCCAACAUUGUGUGUAUGACAGUCUUCAUCAAGUCGAGUAACAAUCAAGAACAGCUUGAAUGUAAGCUUUAUAAAUGCCUGUGAACCAACCCAGUUGUCACCACCCAGAGGUUAUGGAACUCUUUCCCAGUAUCUAGAACAGAUUGUUUAAAGUAUUUAGAAGACCAGGCUAUAAUCAGUGGGCUCCUAGUAGCAGGAAAUAGUUCCUGAUUUAUUUUUGGCCUUGGACAAACUCAGUCUCAGAAUGCAAAUAGCCCCCCAGGAAAAGGUGGCACCGAGAGCUUGGUGAGCUGAAAACCCACCAAUGUACACCUGCCUGGCUCCUGAUCUGACCACUAGGUCAUCCAGAGCUUGAAGUGAUGUGUUGACCUCAAGUCACUAGAUAUUUUAAGGAGCUCUUUUUCUGUCCCUUGUUGCAGGAGUAGAGAGAUGUAAGAGAGUAGACCACAGAAUACGUUUAGAUGCAAGCAAACUCAGUCCUCUACAAGGGAGAGAAGAAACACAACAUCUCACUAACCCUUCGUGUCAUUGGGCUGUGUCAGUAUCACUCUUGGUAUAAUAUUGCUUCCCCACAAUAUCACAUCACUGGAUGAAAGGAAAGUUCAGAGUCAGGAGUAUUUUCUCAAUCAUGGUUGAGUAACAACAAAAAGUGCGGGGAAAUUUACUAUGAAGCUCCUUAUUAGGUUUUUAGAUCUGUAUGUGUUGACUUCACAGUAUAGUACAGAGCAAAGAUCUUAUAAUUAACAGCACCGUCACCCUGAGGAGGAAACUCUGUGCACACGAACUGAUAAGAGGAGAUUCAAGACUUCACUGUAGCUUGAUUUUUGCCUCCAAUAACAAAAUUAAAACAUAGUUCAUUAUUCCUUCCAAAGAUUUAUGAACUUCUUGAAUGAAAUCUAUUUUCUGAAGGAAAUCCACCUGAUAAGUUUUAGAGUUGCCAUGCAUAGGGUUGGUAUGUCCCUUCCUUUUCUUUGGAGGAACAUCUUAGCAUUUCAGGGAGACAGAGAGAGCUGGAGAGUUCAGUGUGGACAGCAAGGUGUGUCUAUAAAAUUCCCAUCAGCAUUAAACUCUGAAAUUUACAAUGAACAGCCUUCAAAUUGGUGCUAAAUUGGGUAGACACCCUGCUGCUUUCUGAGUCCAUGAGCAAAAUAUAUCUCAGAUCUAGUGCAAUUAGGCAGGAGGGUGUUGGGAGUCAGAAACAGCCCACGAUGGUAUUUCUCUGUACUCCCAGUUCACACCGACUUAAGUGGAAAUGAUGCCACAAUGAGACCAGAAAGAGAAGUCUCUGUAAGAUAUCCCUACGAAGUCACCUUUCUGAUAAAAAAGAGAAUGAAAGUGAGAUAUCUAAAAUAAGCCUAGAAUCUCAUAUGCAGCUCAGCUUCUAAGGGGAACUCUUUCUCCCUCGUGUCCUUAAAUAGUACUAGAAUCUCACACAGCCUGACUUUUGAAGGUGGGUUUCACUACGGCGCAGAAUGGAGAGUGAACUAACCACUGAGACGGUCUCCUGACUCAGCUCUUUCAGAAGUGUUACGUUCCAUCUAUGCUGACUGCAGUGUUGUUUACUACUGGGAACAUACAAACAAAACCUGCUGUUUAUACAGUCACUUUUUCUAGUGUUUUCCUUUGCUUAUAUGAUACCAAGUCUGUUCAUAAGUUCUGAAGAUAAAUUAUGUGAAAUCAUAUUUUGGCAUAUGAUUGAGGGUGGAGAAUGAAUUCUUUACGGUCUUUUUUGGAUGAUCCCAUUUGUACCACAGAAACAUUUUGGAUGUUGUUAUAUAUGAAUAUAUAAAUUUUUCUUGUUUAUUUUGCAUUAAAAUAAAGCUUUAUUCAGUCA